AUGGGACAAGAUGAAGUGUGUGCAGGAACAGAGAACAAGCUGAGCUCUCUCUCUGACCUGGAGCAGCAGUAUCGAGCCUUGCGUAAAUACUAUGAGAACUGUGAGGUAGUCAUGGGCAACCUGGAGAUAACCAGCAUCGAGCACAACCGGGACCUCUCCUUUCUGCGGUCUAUUCGAGAAGUCACAGGCUACGUGUUAGUGGCUCUUAAUCAGUUUCGCUACCUGCCUCUGGAGAAUUUACGCAUUAUCCGUGGGACAAAACUUUAUGAGGAUCGAUAUGCCUUGGCAGUAUUUUUAAACUACAGAAAAGAUGGGAACUUUGGACUUCAGGAACUUGGACUGAAGAACUUGACAGAAAUCCUUAAUGGUGGAGUGUAUGUAGAUCAGAACAAAUUUCUUUGUUACACAGACACAAUUCACUGGCAAGAUAUUGUUCGGAAUCCAUGGCCUUCCAACUUGACUCUGGUAUCAACAAAUGGUAGCUCAGGAUGUGGACGUUGUCAUAAGUCCUGUACUGGCCGAUGCUGGGGACCCACAGAAAAUCAUUGCCAGACCUUGACAAGGACGGUGUGUGCAGAACAGUGUGAUGGCAGGUGCUAUGGGCCCUAUGUCAGUGACUGUUGUCAUAGAGAAUGUGCUGGGGGCUGCUCAGGACCGAAGGACACAGACUGCUUUGCCUGCAUGAAUUUCAAUGACAGCGGAGCAUGUGUUACUCAGUGUCCCCAAACUUUUGUCUACAAUCCAACCACCUUUCAACUGGAGCAUAACUUCAAUGCAAAGUAUACAUAUGGAGCAUUUUGUGUCAAGAAGUGCCCACAUAACUUUGUGGUGGAUUCCAGUUCUUGUGUGCGUGCCUGCCCUAGUUCCAAGAUGGAAGUAGAAGAAAAUGGGAUUAAAAUGUGUAAACCUUGCACGGAUAUUUGCCCAAAAGCUUGUGAUGGUAUUGGCACAGGAUCACUGAUGUCAGCUCAGACCGUGGAUUCCAGUAACAUUGACAAAUUCAUAAACUGCACCAAAAUCAAUGGGAAUUUGAUCUUCCUUGUCACUGGUAUUCAUGGGGACCCUUACAAUGCAAUUGAAGCCAUAGACCCAGAGAAACUGAAUGUCUUCCGGACAGUUCGAGAGAUAACAGGUUUCUUGAACAUACAGUCAUGGCCCCCAAACAUGACCGACUUCAGUGUUUUUUCUAACCUGGUGACCAUUGGUGGAAGAGUACUCUAUAGUGGCCUCUCCUUGCUUAUCCUUAAGCAACAGGGCAUCACUUCUCUACAAUUCCAAUCUCUGAAGGAAAUCAGUGCAGGAAACAUCUAUAUUACUGACAACAGCAACCUAUGUUACUAUCAUACCAUUAAUUGGACAACACUCUUCAGCACUAUCAACCAAAGAAUAGUGAUCCGGGACAAUAGGAAAGCUGAAAACUGUACUGCUGAAGGAAUGGUGUGCAACCAUCUGUGUUCAAGCAAUGGCUGUUGGGGACCUGGUCCCGACCAGUGCUUGUCCUGCCGUCGCUUCAGCAGAGGAAGGAGCUGCAUCGAGUCUUGUAACCUCUAUGAUGGUGAAUUUCGAGAAUUUGAGAAUGGCUCCAUCUGUGUGGAGUGUGACCCCCAGUGUGAGAAGAUGGAAGAUGGCAUCCUAACCUGCCAUGGACCGGGACCUGACAACUGCACAAAGUGCUCCCAUUUUAAGGAUGGCCCGAACUGUGUGGAAAAAUGUCCAGAUGGCUUACAGGGGGCAAACAGUUUCAUUUUCAAGUAUGCUGAUCAGGAUCGGGAGUGCCACCCAUGCCAUCCAAACUGCACCCAAGGGUGCAUAGGCUCAAGUAUUGAAGACUGCAUCGGCCUGAUGGAUAGAACUCCCCUAAUUGCAGCGGGAGUCAUCGGCGGGCUCUUCAUCCUGGUCAUCGUGGGUCUAACAUUUGCAGUUUAUGUUAGAAGGAAGAGCAUCAAAAAGAAAAGAGCAUUAAGAAGAUUUCUGGAAACAGAGUUGGUAGAACCCUUAACUCCCAGUGGUACGGCGCCCAAUCAAGCUCAACUUCGUAUUUUGAAAGAAACUGAGCUCAAAAGAGUGAAAGUACUUGGCUCGGGUGCUUUUGGAACAGUCUAUAAGGGUAUUUGGGUACCUGAAGGAGAAACAGUAAAGAUUCCUGUGGCUAUUAAGAUUCUUAAUGAAACAACUGGUCCCAAAGCCAAUGUGGAGUUCAUGGAUGAAGCUUUGAUCAUGGCAAGUAUGGACCAUCCACACUUAGUCCGGUUAUUGGGUGUGUGUCUGAGCCCAACCAUUCAGCUGGUUACACAGCUUAUGCCCCAUGGCUGCCUGUUGGAUUAUGUCCAUGAACACAAGGAUAACAUUGGAUCCCAGCUGCUGCUUAACUGGUGUGUCCAGAUAGCUAAGGGAAUGAUGUACUUGGAAGAAAGACGGCUUGUUCAUCGGGAUUUGGCAGCCCGAAAUGUCUUAGUGAAAUCUCCAAACCAUGUGAAAAUCACAGAUUUUGGACUAGCCAGACUCUUAGAAGGAGAUGAAAAGGAGUAUAAUGCUGAUGGAGGAAAGAUGCCAAUUAAAUGGAUGGCUCUGGAGUGUAUACACUACAGAAAAUUCACCCAUCAGAGUGAUGUUUGGAGCUAUGGAGUCACUAUAUGGGAACUGAUGACCUUUGGAGGAAAACCCUAUGAUGGAAUUCCAACCCGAGAAAUCCCGGAUUUAUUAGAGAAAGGAGAACGUUUGCCCCAGCCUCCAAUCUGCACUAUUGAUGUUUACAUGGUCAUGGUCAAAUGUUGGAUGAUUGAUGCUGACAGUAGGCCUAAAUUUAAGGAACUGGCUGCUGAAUUUUCGAGGAUGGCUCGAGACCCUCAAAGAUAUCUAGUUAUUCAGGGUGAUGAUCGCAUGAAGCUUCCCAGUCCAAAUGACAGCAAGUUCUUUCAGAAUCUCUUGGAUGAAGAGGAUUUGGAGGAUAUGAUGGAUGCUGAGGAAUACCUGGUCCCUCAGGCUUUCAACAUCCCCCCACCCAUCUAUACUUCCAGAUCGAGAAUUGACUCAAAUAGGAACCAGUUUGUAUACCGAGAUGGGGGUUUUGCUACAGAGCAAGGAGUGCCUGUUCCCUACAGAGCCACGACCAGCACGAUCCCAGAAGCUCCAGUUGCUCAGGGGGCUACAGCCGAGAUUUUUGAUGACUCCUGUUGUAAUGGCACCCUACGCAAGCCAGUGGCACCCCACGUCCAGGAGGAGAGCAGCACCCAGAGGUACAGCGCUGACCCCACCGUGUUUGCCCCGGAACGGAGCCCACGAGGAGAGCUGGAUGAAGAAGGUUACAUGACCCCUAUGCGAGAUAAACCUAAACAAGAAUACCUGAACCCAGUGGAGGAAAACCCUUUUGUUUCUCGGAGGAAAAAUGGAGACCUUCAAGCUUUGGAUAAUCCCGAAUAUCACAACGCUUCCAAUGGUCCACCCAAGGCAGAGGAUGAGUAUGUGAAUGAGCCACUGUACCUCAACACCUUUGCCAACGCACUGGGGAAUGCCGAGUACCUGAAGAACAAUGUACUGUCUGUGCCAGAGAAGGCCAAGAAAGCAUUCGACAACCCUGACUACUGGAACCACAGCCUGCCACCUCGGAGCACCCUUCAGCACCCAGACUACCUGCAGGAGUACAGCACAAAAUAUUUUUAUAAACAAAAUGGACGGAUCCGGCCUAUUGUGGCAGAGAAUCCGGAAUACCUCUCUGAGUUCUCGCUGAAGCCAGGCACUGUGCUGCCUCCUCCACCCUACAGACACCGAAAUACUGUGGUGUAAGCUCAGCAGUGGCUUUAAGAUAGAGACACGCCCGCUCCAAUUUCCCGGCCGCCUCUCUUUCUCUUAUGAUCUUCCUUCUAUUCCCAAGGCCAGUAGUUUUGACACUUUCCAGUGGAAGCUAUAGAGAUGCAAUGAUAGUCAUAUGCUUAUCUAACUUGAACAUGAGGAGGAAGAACUGAAAGAGAAAGACAGGAGGAACCACACUGUUUCUUCAUUUCUCUGCAUGGGUUGGUCAGGAGAUUGGAACAGCUAGAAAAGGACCAGCAAAUACAAGGCAAUACUGCCUGCUGUCAAGCUAGUUCUCAAUGUUUUCUCUUUUUUUCUUUCUUU